GUAGGCAUCGAAUGAUUAGUGGCGCCUCUACUGGAAAAAUGAACGUACUAAGCAGUAAGUGAUUGGUAACGAGUUGAGUGAGACAAGUGAUUAAAAAAUGGCAUCCGCGACGACGUCGCACAAUGAGGUUUCGCAGGACUUUUCUGUCAACAAACUUAUUCGCGUUGGUUAUUAUGAACUGGAGAAAACUAUUGGCAAGGGAAAUUUCGCUGUUGUUAAAAUGGCUACCCACGUCGUAACGAAAUCUAAGGUGGCUAUUAAAAUAAUUGAUAAAACAAAAUUGAACGAGGAAAAUUUGGCUAAAAUUUUUCGCGAAGUACAUAUAAUGAAACGAUUAAGGCAUCCACAUAUCAUAAGGUUAUAUCAAGUAAUGGAAACAGAAAAGAUGAUAUAUUUAGUCACCGAAUAUGCUCCGGGAGGAGAGAUAUUUGACCAUCUUGUGCGGAAUGGAAGAAUGCCAGAACCAGAAGCAAGAAGAAUAUUUCGUCAAAUUGUUCUUGCUGUUCGUUAUCUCCAUCAACAAAGAGUCGUUCAUCGAGAUCUUAAGGCUGAGAAUUUACUACUUGAUGCAGACAAUAAUAUAAAACUUGCAGACUUUGGAUUUAGUAAUGAAUACACUCCAGGUGUUCCGCUUAGUACCUGGUGUGGAUCACCACCUUAUGCUGCUCCUGAAAUUUUUGAAGGAAAACAGUACGACGGCCCUCGGGCUGAUGUAUGGAGCCUUGGUGUUGUUUUGUAUGUAUUGGUUUGUGGUGCAUUGCCAUUUGAUGGACCUACAAUGCAACUACUACGCUCCGUAGUGAUCUCAGGGAAAUUUAGAAUACCAUUUUUUAUGUCUGCAGAAUGCGAAAAACUGAUUAGACAUAUGUUGGUAGUAGAACCAGAACGACGUUUAAGUAUCUCACAGAUUUUAGCACACUCCUGGAUGGGCGGAGAUGGUGUAACAGAACCUGAACCAGGAGGGUGUAAUUCUGACAAUGUGCCACUACAGCUAAAUCAGUUAGUAAUAGAAAAUAUGUUAAGAUUACCAGGACUUAGUGCAGACACGUUAUUAAAAGCAGUUCAAGGGAAUGCUUUCGAUCAUGUAUCGGCGAUAUAUAAUCUUCUUGUCGAUCGAUUAGAACCAACAAUGCCUAGUUUACCCAGUAUUCAAACUAUACCAGGAGAUUAUGCCCCUGAUGGAGCACAUCAAUUAGAAAAGUAUGGAGAUACAGAAGCAGAAACAGAAGAAAGGAGUGGAAUGCAACUAACGCCUGGCACGCCCUAUCAUACAACAAGAAGACAUACAGUUGGACCUGGCGAUACAGCGCAUCAGCCACCAACACAAUAUCCGUAUAAUUAUAAUCACACAACAGGCGAUCCAGCGCUGCGACUCCUUCCUAUACUACAGUGUAAUAACACUGAUCCUCAGGUGUUACCUCAUACAAAUUUGCCAUUAAACCUUCCUUUAGUCCAACAUCAACCUCCUCAAAAUUUUCAAAUCAAGGAUCAGCAUUUAUUAAAACCACCUCCUGUUAUGGGAGCAACUGGAAGCUUUGGAAGAAGAGCUUCGGAUGGUGGAGCUAAUCUUCAUGUCUUCUAUCAACAGCAUGGCAGUGGUUCUGGUGGUGACGACGGAAAUUGGAGUCAACCAGGCAGUAGAGAACACUUGCAACCUAUUCCAAGUGGAAGUCCAACGCUUGUACCGUGCACGCAGUCAUUGAAUGUAGGAGUCAAUAGCGGAAGUGGUGAUACAAAUGGCAAUAAUAGCGGAAGUGGAAGCGGAGGAAGCGAUAGAAGAAGACGAAGUGGUCUUACCGCCGUCAUGCAAAGACCAGUUAUAAACCCGGAAAUGGUUAUGGAGGUGGAAGCUAGGAUGAAUAGAGCUUACCUUCCAUCACGUCUCUUACCAACUCACCUUAGAGGAUCAACGCUUCCACACCACAGGAAGACUUCUUUGUACCACAGUAGCACUGUAGGCAAUAGAGAUUCGUAUAAGGAACCAAGCACUCAUGUUGCUACAGAAAGAUACUCACCUGUACGAAGAGCGUCGGAGGGUUCGGGUCCAUCUGGACCUGGAAUUCAGGCACUUCAGCAGGAAUAUCAGCAACUGCAAAGGUUAGCGUCUCCAUCGCACAGUCCUGCGAGUAUACCUGGAUCUCCUGUGCACGAAAGAGGGGUAGCAGCAAUCACACAAGGUUUGAGUGGACUAACCACAGCAACAGUGCAGGGUAGUAUCGUGCAUGGUACACCAACACAACCACCAGCAACGCCACUCGAUUUGAGCCCGCUAAGGCACCACAGAUCGCCAGCUACAACACCAGUUAGUUAUUCACCUAGUAAUAGCCCAGCUUUGGAUAUGAUUCAAGAAGAACAUCCUGUAGAAUUACCAAGAGUGCCACCUCAGAUAUCUAUAACAGAUCUCGGAGGACAAGUAACACUUAUCAGUUGUUCACCAUCUCCAUCACCGUCACCUGAUUCACUCGAAGACACGUUACCUCAUUACAAUCCUCUUCCCAGCUUCAUCAUUUCAGAACCGUGUGACCCUUUAAGACCUAGUAUAACACGAGGUAUUGGUAGGCCCCUAAGUACAUCAAUACCUACAGAAGUUGAAGUCACUUUGUCGGAUGAAUCGAGUAGAUUGAAUUCCGAAGCUAUAUUGGGCCGUGUGAAACAAAUUAUAGAUGCGAGAGCCCCGCCAAAGGGGUUUAUUUUCAAUAGAGAAGAAGUGAAAGGUAGCGGGCUUAGUUUAGAAUAUCCGGGUGGUGUUCAAAUCGAACUUAGAGUAUGUGAAUCCGAAGAGAAAGAAGUAAAAGGCAUUAAAAUGCGAAGAAUUAGUGGGGACCAAUUGCAGUACAGUCAACUUUGUCAGCAGCUGAUCUCGUGCAUUACCGUUUGACGACAACCAGCAUAUAAUAUAAUCUCUUAUACGUUACGUUACAUUCCUGGUGCCACACACACCACUCAUUACAGUAUUGCACAUGCAUGCUGCAUACACACGAGCGGUACUUUAAGCAUACCAUUCUUUAUAUUGAUACAUUCAUAUGUGUAACAUUCAGUGUGCUUCACUUUUGAAUGUCGGUUUUUUUUUUUUUUUUUUUAAACAUAUAAAUCGAAGAAGGAAAAUAUUUACGUUUACCUGUGCAUAAUACGAAGUUGGAACACAAAUGUUCUACCAAAAAUUUCUUUUAAAGUCUUGGUAUUAAGACUUUAAUAUCCUUGCACAGGCAAGACGAUGUUCUGCUAUUUUUAAACGAUUUAAGUAUUAACAAAACAGAACGAUUUUCAUGAAAGUUUAAUCGUAAUGUACAUCACACACCAUUCCUUUUUGUAGAAUGUUUGUCUUCGUGUUAGAAGUUCAUAGAUAGUAAAUUCAUAAUUUACUGUUUAAAUCAUGAUUGGGUGCCCUUUGUAGCUGUAGAUAAAGAAAAAGCGUCUUUUGUACUGGAUUAGAUGGCAAGCAUUUUCAUAAUUCAUGUCUUUCUAAUGUAGCGGGGAUGUUUUAUAUGGAAUUUACUAUAUUUAUUCGAUUGCCAUUACAAACAAUUUUAAUUUCAUGAUAUAUAUUCUAUGUUUGUAAAUAUUCCUCCUACAAAGGCCGAAAUCGUUUUUUGUCUUUUUAUGUUGAUCGGAACUGCAAGAUUUGCCUUCUUGUUUCUGGUACAGAUACCACCUUUUUGGGUAAUUUAAUUUUAGUAGCUAGAAAUGUAUACAUAAUCUUUAUAUAGUGCAAACACGUUAUUGUGGUUCAUAAUUCAAAAACUACACAGACUGAGUUACGAUUGUAUAUCUUUCUUUUUUUAAAUCAUAUAUUGCGUUUAUUGCAGUUUAUGAACGAAUGAUAUUUGAUUCAGUAAUUUCAUUAUCAACGAUUUUACAGAUCUUUCAAACCGCAAAGCAUUGGUGUAGGGAAAGUAUAUUUUCCACUUGUUUCGUUUACGAAACAUUUAAUUGUCACAGUUUAAAAAGGAAAGUGUGCAACAUAGCUCUCUUCGUGUAACCAAAGAGUUGAGUUGCUUUUAUAUUAUCGAACAUGAAGGGUAUAACUUUUAUUGUUCAUGUUCUGAAAACAAAAAGAAGAUAUGAGCAUCCAUAGUAAUCGCUAGUUAAUGCAAGACGAAAUUGUAACUAGGCUGGCACAUAUUCUUGUUAUUAUGUUACAAUGAUUAGACAAAAGACAUUAUAUUAGUGUCGCGUACGAAAGAAAUAGAUUUCAUUUACAUAAUGUAAACGAGAUAUUUUUCUAAAUUUGCUUGUUUAUGAAUUAAGCAAAGAAAAAGUUUUUUGCUGAUAGUGCAAGUUACAAUGUACACUUUGCAGAAUACAACUUAUAUACUUAUACUCCAUUGCAUCCAUGCUUUUAUUUUUAAUUUACUUAAGAAAGUAAUACUUCAAUAAUUUAAUUUUCGUUACUUCUACAAACUUAGAUAUUAUAUUUUAUGUAGUAUCUUUGUAAUUGAUUUUCAUAUUUCAAAAUAUUUAUGUAUAGCGUAUUAACUUAAAAAUAAUGCGCGUUUCGAAUAUAAGCUGUAUCCUGCAAGCAGAAUUACAUGGUAUUGUACAUCUAGUACAUUUUUUGUUAAGAGUAUUUCAAUUUCAAUCGUGGGUUAAUUUGAGUCUGCUGGAAGUAAUGAUACUUCUGCACUUAUGUAAAUAACGAAAUUUAAUGUAUAUACAUGAUACGAACUAUUUAGAGAUCUCUGAAAUGUACAUUAUACAGGCUAUUCUAUUUGAGUUAACUAUUUUUAAUACUCUGAUUCAUUGGAUCUUUGUUAAUACGCGAACAUUCUUACGAUAUAUUUUUUAUUAUAAAUUUUCCUAUCAAAAUGUGUACAUAUUGACUAUGUAUCUUAACGAUAUUAUAAUGGUUUAAAGAAACCGAAAAUGCGUUCAUAUUAUUUAAAUCAAAUCGUAAACAAAUUUAAUUUUUUUCUAAUCGUGCGAACAAUUUAUUUGAUUAGUUAGCCAAGUAAGAGUAGCCUUUGAAAAUUAUGUAAUGCCUAAUUUCCAUAAUCUAUGAAACAAAUAAUUAAUCGAUUCAUUGAUUGACGUACAAUUUUAAUAAUUUUUUUACUUUUCAACUUUUAAUUUUUCGAUCCAAAUGGCAAUUCUAAUACAUGUACAUUUUUACAAGGAUCAUAAUGAAUAUAUAUCAUUGAAUAGUGUAAUAUAUAUUAGUAAUUCUUUGAAGAUUAGCGAACUUGCAAUACGAAAACGUUUUUUUAUCAAUACAAAUGGUAUAUUUCAUUAUAGAUCAAGGUACUUCUUUUCUAAAUUAUAUUUUUUAGGUCAUUUAAAAUUUUGUAUUAGACUAUUUCGUGUAUGAAUAAUAAUCAUGUUUCGUAUACGAAAAUCUGGUUUCAGAACUUCUAUAUAAAUUAUGAUAUUAUUUUAUUUUAUUUUAACUGUUCUUUUCAUAACAUAUUCAAAUAUGUAUUUUACGUGAAUAAAUAGUUCUUUGUCGAUGGAAAUUAGGCAAGCGAUGCUAUCGAUUACGCACAAUAGUGCAUACCAAUGGAAAGUGUAGAUCAACAUUAUCCAAGCUAUUGUACAUAAUACAUUAUACAUAAUUAUUUGUUUAGGAUACAUACAGCGUGUAUGUAUGCAGAAACAACCUAUGUACAUUAUAAACAUUUACUAUAUGGAUAGGAUACAGAUAGUAUUUUCUGCUGUCAAUUCUUCAACUAAGACUGUGAUUUUUAAAUAUACUAAUGGCUAGAUAGAUACAAUACAUAUUGAUUGAAUAUGAUAAAAUAUAAAUAAAAGAAAUAUUCAAGAUUUCUGUGUUUUCGUUU